AGCCUCCGAAAAAAAAAAAAAAAAAUGUUCCAUAUUUUAACUAUUUACCACUAUGAUUACCAUUAUAUACGAGGGUGGAUGUAGGGAUGGGUUUGAGUCCAUUUUAAAAAAAUAUAUUUUUUACUAUACUAAUUUUAACCCCAGUCAGAAAAAAAAUAAAAUAAAAAUAAAAUUAACCUAUUUAAUCAAACCCAAGUCAACUCAGCCAUCAUAUUAAAAUAAAGACCAAAACCAAAUAAGUCCAAGGCAGGUCCUGACCGAAGACGACAAAGGUGGUUGCAUACCUCAAAAUUUAUAGGCCCAUGGAUGGUGGGUCACCAAAAAAAACAAAAUAUUUUUAGGGCAACCAUCUCUACUCUCGUUCUCUACUUUGACCGGUUACUUGUUUUUAGGGCAAAUCAUCUCAGCCCCCCCAAUCGCCUCCUCUUUAUUCUCGUUCUCAACUCUGAACUUUUCAAAACCCAUAUCGGCGUAUCACUUCAGAUUGUUCAAAAAAUCAAAACCAAUAUCUUUCAGUUUCCAUCGCCCGCUGUUCCAGUUCGGGUUCACCGUUAGCGAGCUUCAGCCGCUGGCCCGCUGUCUCUCAACUCUCAAGCUUGUCCCCUCUCUCUCUGCAACUGCUAACUUGGUUAGCAUCGGGCUUUAACAUUUAGUAAGAACAAGGUUCAAGAAACAUGCCUUCUCAGUCAUCAGGUCUCUUUUCUGAAAGAAGGGAGUUGAUGGGAAUGGGUGGAGUGGGCAAAAAUAAAAUAGGUAUGUUUUUUUUUGCCUAGCUAAUUGAAUUAUUUAAAUCCCCUUACCGUUGUAGUAGUGAUGUUGGUUUUAAAAUGACCAAUUAUGAUAGGAAGUCUCUUUUCAGUUUAUUUUAAUCAAAUGUAUAUCUAUGCAAGAGGAUUACGUGAUUCUAGAUGACGAUUCUAGAUGAGGAUGUUAGUGUCAACGUUAUGAGGAUGUUGAUAUCAACGUUGACUCUAGCGAUGACGACUGAUGAUGUUGAUAAUAUGUUGAUGCACUCAAAUUAAGUCAAAGCACUUAGAAUUGAAGGAAAUUUAGAGUUGAAGACAUACUAUUGAGCAUAGUGUCUAAUUCUUUUAGUUACAAGAAUAUUUGGUCAUUGUACACAUGAUUUUUCAGUUCCUCAAAUUCUGAAACAAUGGUGUGUAAUAUGAUUCAUCUACUUGGGCUUUUUUUUUUUUCAUCUCUCUAAACCCUAAUUUUAUCUGUGAAAAAGAAAAAGUAGAUUAUAUGCAAUUUUAAUUUAAUUUUAUCAGUUUGAGCAUUGGUAGAGUUUCUGAAAUGUUGAAACUGAAACAGCAAAGAAGAGAGAGUCCACCAAUAAGAAUUAUCCAACUUAGGACAAAAUAAGCUCUCUGAGUAUCUUGACUAAUAUUGGCAUGGGAGAUUUCUAUCGAUAUGGACUUGUAGAGAGAGUGAUAUAUGGUUAGGGGCACAAAAGUGUAUGACAAUUGUGCAACGAUAGGGUUGUGAACUUUUGGCUUGUUUCAUGCAUCGGAUCUAGGAAGUGUACAACAGUAAAAUGGAAAGCUCUGAUGCACUCAAAGUUAUAGACAGAGAUAAUAAUUAAUAUUAUAUAUUUAUAACAUACUUUGCUAAUCUAACAUGAUAUUACGUAUAUCAUACAUAUAUACAUAUACAUAUAAACAGUCACCACCAUCACGUGACUGUCAAAUUCCAUCAUUCUUAUUUUAAUUUGAUGUUUUCAAUGUUAGAUAUAGCUGAGAUGUCAAAUUCCAUGAUACAAGCUUAUGUUUCUUCUUAUGUCCCGUAUUUGAAUUGUGAAUGGUGUGAAGCUUAUACUCAUCUUGAAGUGACAAAUUAUUUACAGAAUUGGUUGUUGGUAUAGAGGAUUUGAUAUCUAAAAUUGCUUAUGGCUUGUAUAUUCUUUACUAUCCGAAUCACAGGAUCUUUUUCAAAUCUUGGUAUGGAACUUGUUAAAAUUUAAAAGGAUAAUUUGGUGAUUGUUGAAUUUAUGACCUGUUGGUUUUUUGCGCAUUUAGUGUCAUGUUUCUUUGUUUCGGUACUGUAAUUGGUAAAAAGGCUAAUCGAAGCAGCAUUUUUCUAGCCAAACUGUAAGUGGCACUAAUAUGCUAAAAUGCAAUGUGGCUUGGCAAUUGUGGUGGUCAAGUUUAAGGGAUUGGCAUUGGUUAUGAAGGAUUAAGUGGACGAGGUCACAUUGGUGAUUAAUGUUACGUGAGUGGGAGUCGCUGGUGGUUUGUGCGACUCAGGUAGUAGACAAUUGAUGACCUGGUUUGGUGUACAUAUGAACAGUGACUUUGUUAGUGAACACUAAUGGUUCAAGUGGUUUGGGCGGUUGCUGUGUGGACUGCAGUGCUAGUGCUGGUGCUGGUGGACAUGAACUGUCACUUGUUAGUGAGCCCAAGUGAUUGAUGAUAAAGUGCUGGUGGUUGAUGAGGAUAGCAGUGACAGUGACACCUUGUCACAGUGGUCACGGUGACCCUUUCUCAUAGUUUUUUGUCUUGGCAGUGGUACUUUGUAUUUCAAUUAGUGUAAAUAGUUAGUUUCAAUUUGAUUUUUUUUGUUGCUUUUAGUGUGUGAUCUAUUGUAUGUCAUUAAAUUUUUUGUUACUUCUUGUUAAUUAAUUUUUUUUUUGUUAGGUCAAGUAGAUCAAAGUUAAUUAUCACAUUAUUAUAACAAGUGUAUGUCAUAUUAAAUUUCAAUUCACCAUCAUGUUUAUUUAUUUUUUUUUGUUAUACAAUAACUAAGAAAGGUGGGAAAGCUGACUAUGAGGAGGCUAUUUUGGAUCCUGGAUCAAUACACUAUUACGUUAUAGAGCUAAUGGAAAACUUCACUUUAGAGCGACUACCAUGUUGCUGAGGGAGUGAAACACCAUAACAUAGUUGAGUAUUGAGGAUUUGAUCUCAAAAGAGAUUUGGUAUUUUUUGAUCUCUACGCGACUACCAUUGACAAGUGGGCCAAAAAGUAUGAAGUUAUGUUUUUGGCCAUUUUACCCGAUGGCCCCAUAGGCACCUACUUACUGGCAAAGCAAGCCAUGCAAUAAGAUAAAAAAUUAAAUUUUUUUUUUUUGAGUUUUGCAUCUACUUUUUAACUGUUCUUGUGUUAUUGAAUCAUAGGCAUAUUGUUUGCCCUGACACAUCUACACGAUCUGGGAUUCCACACUAGUGGAAAGUGGAAAAACAUUUACGUUGUCAAACAUAUCCCAAGAUUGUUGGCAGAGCUUGAGAAAGGAGUGGAGGACUCCAGGUUUCUGUAGACUAUCUCAAAUUUUCUGAAUGGAUCGAAUUGAAACUGUUCCCUCCAAAGAAGGAUGCACCGUCUGAUAUUGUCGAAUUCCUUGACAUACUGAAGUGGGGUCGCUUAAGGUCUAGAAUUUCUUUGUUUUUACACACUUAUCUCUUUUUUUCCUAAUACUAUCUGUUAAUUUUCUAAAUUUUGGCUUGUUUUCAGCAAAAGCCAUUAUCUCUUAAGGUUUAGAAUUUCUUUGUUUUUACACACUUAUCUCUUUUUUUCCUAAUACUAUCGGUUAAUUUUCUAAAUUUUGGCUUGUUUUCAGCAAAAGCCAUUAUCUUUUAACAAAACAUUCAACAUUACUAAGUCAUGUAGAUGGGACUUAUUUCAUAACUAGGCUUGUUGACAGCAUAACAUCACUGAGUUGCUAUUCACGUCUUGCGAAACAAUUUCAUAGUUUCAAAAUAACAGUGAAAGGGAAUGGCGAAGGUAUAUGAGAAAUGCAAUUGCGCAUCUUAUAGGCAGCUGCUACUUUGCGGAAUCAAAGUUGAUACAUAUUUUGCGGACAAGUGCCUUACGGCGGUGUUUCCCGACAGCAUCUCUCAGGUGCAACCGUGCAACGGUUUUUGUCCCGUGUGGGAGUACUUGACAAGUUCAUUUGAGUAUACUUAUGGCCAUGCAUAUAUCAUCAUGAAGAAAGGCAAAAGAUCACACUUAAAUCUCCUGACGUUGCCAAAAGUAGCCGAGAAAACGCCACGCACGAGCUCCCACGCGUUGCCAGCAGGUUCAACUAGUUUUUUCCAUCAGCCACGCGCCUCCACGCGCUCAGCCGCGUCAGUUCCACGACAGACUGCCACGUCAUCCUGCCACGACAGACUGCCACGUCAGCCUGCUAUGUUAGUUGUUAAUCGUGCCUCCAUCUUUGUCAUGGGUGAAAAUCCAUCUUCACCAAAUCGCUUCCGCCAUGCUGCUGUCAAGAUCUCAUUUCUAAACUCAAGAUGGAUUCAUUCAAUCCACCUUGACUGUUAGAAUAUAUUGUAGAAUAUAUUAUUAUUAUAUGGUAUAAUAUAUUCUAACCUUAUAUAAGAUUACUAUAUAUAUGAUUUUAACAUUGUAUAGGAUUACCAUAUGUAUAAUUAUCAUAUACACACAGAGUUUAUUUGUUUAUCACACAUAACCCCUUAUAUAUAAACCCCUCUUGUAUACAUAUCUUACAUAUCAAUUUACAAUACAAGUUUUCUCUUUUGUAUUUAACAUGA